GACUGACAUUUAUUUUGAAAAACCGGAAGUUCCAGUGUUUUGAUAACGGCUGCGGAAGAAGCGGUCAUUUGGCCGAAUUCGCGUUCAAGCAGUAGUUUACCAUCAAAAACGAUACUAAUUCAACGACAAAUGUAACGUUAACCUUUUCCCAGAAAUUCAUAAUGGGAUUUACACCGAGACGCUGUCUUGGUGUUAAACCGUCGAAAGCGCUCCUGUUGGUGCCUUUUCUGUUGACAUUCUUGCUCAUCGGGAGCCAAGGCGAGAGCAAUGCGAUGGACAAUGUCUCAACUGAGAGGCUGGCUGAGGAAAGCCACCGACAGGACAGUGCCAAUCUACUCAUAUUCAUAAUGCUUUUAACACUCACCAUUUUAACUAUAUGGCUGUUCAAACACCGGCGAUUCAGGUUCUUGCACGAAACCGGACUAGCCAUGAUCUAUGGCCUGCUGGUGGGUGUGAUCCUGCGGUUCGGCAUCCAUGUGCCCCAGAACAUGAGUGACGUGAUCCUCAGCUGUGCUGUCAACGCCAGUCCCGCUACUCUGCUGGUCAAUGUCAGUGGGCGAUUCUACGAGUACACUCUGAAGGGGGAAGUCAGCCGGGGCAAAGGUCUUCAAGUGCAGGACGAUGAGAUGCUGAGAAAGGUGACCUUUGACACAGAAGUGUUUUUUAACAUUUUGCUGCCUCCCAUCAUCUUCCACGCUGGUUACAGCCUGAAAAGGAGACAUUUCUUCAGAAACAUCGGCUCCAUCUUGGCCUACGCUUUCAUGGGAACAGUUAUCUCCUGCUUUGUUAUUGGGCUGAUUAUGUAUGGCUUUGUGUCCUUCAUGAAAGUUGUGGGCCAGCUUGGGGGAGAUUUUUUCUUUACUGACUGCCUCUUAUUUGGGGCCAUCAUUUCAGCAACAGACCCAGUGACGGUGCUGGCUAUCUUCAAUGAGCUAAAAGUAGAUGUGGACCUGUAUGCUUUACUCUUUGGGGAGAGUGUCCUCAAUGAUGCUGUGGCCAUCAUCCUUUCUUCUGUUCUCCUCCGCUUGGAGAAGCAGGGUGGGCGGGGGGCUGGAACUGUGCACUCCUCGGGAGAUGAUGGCCCAGUCUGGGCAGAGGGGGCGGAGGAAUGGCUGGUAGAAAACCAGACAUGGACUCCCCGCUCCAUUGCAGCGUACCAGCCUGCAGGAGAUAACAGCCACAGCUUUGAGGCCAUGGCCAUGUUGAAAUCCUUUGGCAUCUUUCUGGGGGUCUUUAGUGGAUCCUUUGCUCUUGGGGUGGCCACUGGAGUCAUGACUGCUCUUGUAACCAAGUUCACUAAGCUGAGGGACUUCCCCUUGCUAGAGACGGCUCUCUUCUUCCUUAUGUCUUGGAGCACCUUUCUAUUGGCUGAGGCCUGCGGGUUCACAGGCGUAGUGGCGGUGCUGUUCUGUGGGAUCACUCAGGCUCACUACACCUACAACAAUCUCUCCCCUGACUCUAAGGACCGGACCAAACAGUUGUUUGAGCUGCUGAACUUCCUGGCAGAGAACUUCAUCUUCUCCUACAUGGGUCUGACUCUCUUCUCCUUCCAGUCACACGUCUUCAACCCUAUGUUCAUCAUCGGGGCCUUUGUGGCAGUGUUUCUGGGCAGGGCCGCAAACAUCUACCCUUUGUCCUUCCUGCUCAACCUGGGCCGCAAGAACAAGAUCGGAUACAAUUUUCAGCAUGUCAUGAUGUUUGCAGGUCUGCGUGGGGCGAUGACCUUUGCUCUUUCUAUCCGAGACACAGCGACUUACGCCCGUCAGAUGAUGUUUUCAACCACCCUCCUAAUUGUCUUCUUCACUGUCUGGAUCUGUGGAGGGGGCACCACGCCCAUGCUGACCUUCAUGAGCAUACCGGUGGGCAUAGAUGCUAAUCAAGACACCUCUAGUUCAGCGAUGUUGGAUGGGUCCCAGCGGAGGAACACCAAACAUGAGAGCGCCUGGCCCUUCAGGAUCUGGUAUAACUUUGACCACAACUACCUGAAGCCCCUCCUGACCCACAGCGGACCCCCUCUGACUGCUACUCUGCCUACUUGUUGUGGCCCGCUGGCACGAUGCCUCACCAGCCCACAGGCCUAUGAGAACGAAGGCCGGCUCCACGACGAUGACUCCGACUUCAUCCUGAACGAUGCCAGCGUGAGCUCCAUGUUCGCCGACGUCACCAUCAGCACGGACGCAUCCGGAUCCCACAGCAUCAACCGCUCCUCCAGCACCGGGGGUGGCCCGUCUGAUGAAGGUCUGGAUCAUGAGCUCUCCGUGGCGGAACAUGAAGUGGCUAUCAGGGGCACCCGCCUGGUCCUGGGUGACCCAGUGGAGCCCCCGAGCACUGUCACCUUGCCCCCGCCACCCUCCCCGCCAUGCUCGGAGCCUCGCAGGCACAGACUGUAAGAAUGCUUACACUGUCUGGAUGAAGUUGGUUCUUUUCCUCUCUAAAAAAAAAUCACAAAUGAUCUCAGUUGAUUUCUCAAGAAAGUAGCAUCUAAUAGUUGAUUUGUUUUUAUUUUUGAUUAAAAACCAACCGCUUCACAUAAAAGUCGUUAUGUCACCACCUAUCUAGCCUCAGCUUUGUGACAAACUUGAGGCGCACUUUAAUUAACUCACUAUUUAGGUGGAUUACGGUAAUCUUGAAUGUCAAUGCACUACAUGUGAGGUAAGGUACUGUAAAUCAAGUGCAGCUCACCACAUUUAGCCACUAUUUGGGGAAGCAAAAAAAAAAAAAAAGAGUCUACUUUUACUGUGGUGAUAUGCAAGGGCCAUUAUCUAUGCUCUAUUAAAGCCCCAACUCCCUCUGGCCUAAUGGGGCGAUCCCUAAAUGUUUCAUUUGCAGUUUUUCCUAACUCUGUGCUGAAGUUUCUCAUGAUGACAAGACUUGUAUUUGUCUAUCUUCCUUCAUGUAUUUGUAAAUGACCCACAGUAUGGUUUAGGGCAGUUCACAAGCACCCUAAAACUUUGCUCUGGUACCACUUGUUAAUAUUAAGUCAUGUCAAAGAGCAUUUAUGCUACAGCAACAUUACUAAUCUAACUUCUCUAUGCACAGACUGAUACGUGUUUGGCUCCCUCUCAAAGUUAAUUGGUGAUGAAGUUUGAUUGUCCAUUGUGGGAGUAACUAGACAAGGGCUUUGACACUAUGAUGGAAGCAGUAUUAGGAGUUUUGAAAUAAAUUUAAAAGAAACAAAUGUUUUUUCAACAGGAUUGUGAGUAGAUAUUGUUCGGCCAUAAACCUCAAACUACUUUCCCAAGUCCAGGAGCAUCUCUGCUAUCUUACAUUUUUUGCACUGCUUUCCUCUUUUUUUCCUCAUCAGUUUUUUCACUUAGUCAUUUAUUUAUUUAACCGGAAAUGAUUAUUUAUACAUAAAUGAAUUUUUUUGGCUUAUUUAUUUAUUUAUUUAAUUAAUUAAUUUUCUGUGGGGUGACAUUAAUGAUUAUCUUGCUCUAUUCAAAAAUAGGGAUGGUCGGCCGUGAAGGGGGCAUGUUAUGUAACAAAACACUUCGACUCUUAAGGUCCAUUGUACGGUAUGUGGUAGGCCUGCACGAUUGGGUAAAAAAUAUGAAAUUUUGGCACCUAUAGCACCAGAGCGUUUGUGAUGCAGUCGGCUCAUUAAAUUAAAUGAGUAUCAAAAGUGCAAAAAAAAAAAAAAAAAGUUAUUUACAAAUGAAAUUGUGAACUGGGUGAAUUGAGAUAAUUAAUCGUGCAGGCCUUGUAUGUGGGUCAUGAGGGAGGCGGGUGAAGUUGAUUUUCAUUUGGAAAGUUUCUUCUUGACCAUGUGUGCAUGUUAAAAUAUUUUGUUCCGGUUCUGUAGUAGAUCAUUCUACUUUAUAUUUGGAAACUAGAGCUUCCCUGUGUGAGUGUGUUACAAGUGUGUGUGUGUGUGGCUGAUGUCAGAAUGAAAUUGUCCAAAUCUACUGAUGUGGUUAUUAGGGCUAAUGUUUGUUUCUGAGUUUUCUGUGGUCAUCUGGUUUAAUUUUUGCUA